AUGUCAGCACUCAAAGCGGUGAUUUUGUUGCUUUGUAUUAGUGUAUUUGCAUCCUGUACUAAUGCAUGGGAUGAGUUGGAGACUGCUACUACGUAUUUUGCUUCUAGAAAGCCAUUUCACAUGAAACGCCAAAUGUCAGACCAACAAUUUUUCAUCAGAGCCAAGGAAAGAAUUAAAUCUCAUACCAAAAUGACAAGUAAAAGACUCAUAGGACCUGAUGGCUCAUUGUCCAAUAAGGAUAACAAACAAUUCUUUGCCUAUGACGCUACAUUGACUUUUGACACUGUCAAUUUAGACAUGCAUCCUGACGUGUUAGAUAUUGGAUGUUCCAAAGACAGACUUUACUUGAAAGUGAGAAAGACCAGACAUACCAAUACUCAUAUCAAGAUUGGUUCAUUAUUAGUUUCAAGUAUGGACGAUUUUGAAUGUGAAAUUGGUCAACCAACUGAUGAACCAGUUUUGUACAGAUUGGCAGAAAAUAUUCAUGAAGUGAAAACUGAAAAUGGAGAAAUUGUCUAUGUGGUAGAUACUAAAACAAUUGAAUUUAAUCAAGUUUUCACACACAUCAAACUUCAAACUCAUAAUCCAAGUGUCAAACAACCUGAAUCGAGCUCUGUAACUCAAACAACGCCAAACAAACGUUGGAGUGUCAAUAGAUCUUUUGAUAUUGUCAAUUUUAAUUGGGAUAGAGAUAGAAAAACUGCCAGAAAUCCAUCCAUUGAAAAUCAAGAAGGAAAUUUCAAAUAUGUCUGCAGUAAUUGUUAUUUCUACAGUACAGUUCGGUUUACAAUGGAAAUUAACUUUAGAUGGUGUAAACCAAAUAGAGCUGCUGCAUCAGUUCACUUUGACAAUGCAUUGAAUGCUAAUUUGACAAUGACAGCUGAAUUUGAAAAGACAAAAGACUUUACAAUUUUGAAAAAGAAGAAAAUUACUAGUAUCAAGUUUACAAUUCUAGCAAUUCCAGUUGUUGUAAAUGUAAAUUUUGCAUUGGAAGGUCAAUUACAAGUUCAAGCAAAAAUUCAAUUUAAUGUUGCCGCUUCCUUUUCAAGAGAAGGUCAAUUUGGAUUCAAUUAUGAUAAGAGGAGAGGACAUUUCAAUUGGAUUAAAUCAUUCAAGGGUCAAGAUUUGAAAUAUAGCUUUAAAUUACAAGAAGUUAGUUUAGAAAUUAAGCUUUAUUUAAUUCCUGUUUUGGGAAUUGACGUUUAUGGAUUAUUGGUUUUGGAUAUGAAAUUUAAACCAUGGAUCAAAGUUGGCGGCAAGUAUUUGAAUCCAGCAGAUGAUGGAUGCAAGUUAUCUUAUGAAAGUUCUUGGGGAAUGGAUGGUAGUUUCCACGUUGGAAGAAUGAAACUAAAGAAGUGGACUAUUUUCGAUGGUCGUGAUCAUGAUUGGACAUUUAUUAAUGAAAGAAAAAUCAAAUCAUUAUCUGGUUGUUGGAUUAAGGAGCCAACUCAACCUGCUCCUCCAACAGAUGAUGGUCAAUCAGAGGAUAGCUCAACAUCCACGAGAUCAAUCAAGGCAAUUCAAUCAAGCACUAAUUCAACAUAUUACAAACAAGUGGUUUCAUGUUGUGAUGAUAUGAAAAUGUUGAAUAUUUCACAGAAUACUACUUUGGUUCAGUACGAAUUUCAACUUGAUGACAAUGUUCUUGACUAUGGACAAUAUUUGGUUUUUAAUUUGACAUACGACAACGUUGCUACAGUUCAAUAUGGCAGUGUAUUGACCUAUCCAGUUGACAAGAAGGUCUAUGUCCCAUUGUAUGAACUAUUUAAUACUCAAAAUACCUCUUCAAUCUUUGUUAGAUUCACCAAAGAAUUAUCUGAACCCGUAUUUAUAGAUUAUUAUUUGGAAAGGUCUGUUUUAGACAUUGGAAAGACUAUUAAAAUGAAAAGAGGAUUCAUCGAAAUUCAAGAACAAGAGAUUCAUCCUGAUUACCUUUCAUUCGCAGUUUCUGAAGGUUGCCAACUUAAGUUUGCAAACUCUACUUCCAUUAGAGAAGAUUCCUUAAUAGAUGUCACCACUCAAAACUAUCCAAUCAGAUUGGAAUUUAUUGGAGAAGGAACAGUUAAUAUCUAUCCUAUUUACAACUACUUAAGUGGAAAUGACCUUUCCUUACUACUUGAUACACCAAUCAAAUUUGGAUUGAAAUAUUCUAGAAAACUAAUUGAUGGUAUGAAAUUAUCCCACUUACACGUUUCAUCUAACAAUGAGGGUGUUGAGGAGAAUACUAAUUUAGAUGUAAACAUUAGAAUGAGUCAUGGUCAAUUAUUCAGCAUUGAUAAUUUUGGAGAAUUGAGUCAACUGACUGCUACUUUUACUUUGGAUGAAAGCAUUUCUUCAGAAACUAACUAUUUCUAUUUUGAUGUUAGUGGCAAUUUUGGUCCUAUGUAUUUAGGUCUUGAACUAGUAGAUGUUUAUGAUAUAACUCCUUCAAGUACGAAUCUAUUCACUUUGAAAUACUCAACCAGCUCACCAUUUGUUGCAUUAUUGAAUUUCACACAACUAUUAUCCAAUUCGUCUGGCAUUUCAAUCAAAACAGACGGAAUUUCAGAUCUCUUCAUCGAUGAAUCAAUUCCAACCAAUUUCAAAAAGGAAAAUUCAAUGUGGAUGAGUGGAAGUGAUAGCUCUGAAGUUUUUGGAUUUUCAGAAUAUUCCAAUGACGAACUAGUUGAUAUUGGAUCUAUUUAUUUGAGAAUAGAGCCUGUUGUACAAUCAAUCCAAACCAGAACUAUACAAGAAAUGUCUGGUCAAUUGAAUAUUCAAUCCUUAAAGAAUGAAAACAUUACAGUGAAAUUUUCGUUCCGAGCCAACAGCAAGUCAGCACCUUCAGAAAGCAUCAAUCUCUCUGAUUUGGUGAAUGGAAAUGUCAGUUUGAUAAUUAGCAUCCUAGACGAUCAAUAUUCCUUCGACAAUUCAAAGAUUGAAAGUGGCGACACUAUAGUUAACUUUCUUUCUUCAAUGACAUCCUCAUCUAUUACUUCCAGAUGGGAUGAUACAAUCAUUCCAGUCAUUGCCUAUGCAAUCAACGUAGAAGGUUUGGAAUUGGAAUUGGAAAAUCCUCAAACUCUAGUAUUGACCAUUCCAAAAAUUCCUCCAUUCGAAAGUAUGGACGAAACGAUUACUCUUGGAGCUCUAGACGAUGGUAUCUUCCUACCAACACCAAGAGCAGUUAAAGCAAUUGGUUCCAUCAAACUUGUGAAUAAUGUCCUCACCAAUGGCUACAUUGGCACAAUUUCUGAGCAAUAA